AUGAGCGGGAUCUCGCAUGAUGUUGAAGAUUUCAUUUUAUCUUCGCACGAGCAGUUCAGUAUCGAAAGCAUGCGCAGAAAAACACUGAUUCCAAAACUCAAGCUCACACUCGAAUCUCGUGUUCACAGGCUGGGUACGCUGAAAGGUCUCCCCCGCCUUUUUCUCUUCCGAAGAGCUUUCUGUUUCUACUGGGGACUCAUAAUUUUACUAUUUAUUUACCUUAAAUGGAACUAUCCUCUGUAUCUGACAAGCAACGUCAAUCGGAACACUCUACGAGACUUUGGUAGGGACUGGUGCCGAAUGCGCAACGCGAGAAUAGACUGGAAACGAAUACGAGAACCCUGUGAACAAAACACAGUCUACGAAUACAGCUUGCCCGGAUGGAGCAAGGAAAAUAGAACAAAUGGGCGCUUCAGCUUUCUUGAUUUCAUGGACAUCCGCCCUGCUGGUGAAUUUAGUAGGCUUAUGAUUCGUACCCAGACCGCCUAUGGGCUUAUUAAAUCAGUUGGCGGAGACUAUUGGCGAGUGUUCAUUUCAGGCCCUACUGGAUUUGCGCCAACGGUAAUUGAUCACGGAAAUGGCUCCUAUGAGAUCUUGUUUCUGAUUCUUCGCCCUGGAAAUUAUUGCGUAUCGGCUGUUCUGGAUCAUUCUAUAUGUGAAGGCAUGAAGGACCCUCCAGACUACUGGUUUAUCUCGGGUAAGAAAACAGUGUCAUAGUAACCAACUUACAAAGAGCGCCUUUAAAAGGCCAUGGUCACUCAAACUGCAUUGCGCCCUUGUCUUUAUUGUGAAAGGGUUCAGCCAGGGACGAAUUUAUUAUCCAAACAAUUUUACCGUAAAUGAUCUAAUAGACGUCCGGAGCGUUUAUUUAAUUUUAGGUGUCGUUUAUGAGACAAGAGACAUUCAUUUGAUAGGGAGCUUCAAUAAGGUCAUUUACGGUAAACUGUAGCCAAGCAUGCUCAAGUACUAAGGUACCAACUGCAACUAUUGAGAACAGAUACUCGUAAAAUGUAGAGCAACGCUGAUGUAUACAUUAAAGUCUACCCUCAAUUCUCAAGCGUACUCCAAACACGGUCCUUUAUGUUUGCAGGAAAUACCCAUGGAAGCAACCAGCCUCAGGGCAUUCUGGGUGGAAAGCAAGUGUAUUUGAUGCAUCCCUUAGCGGGCGGAGAACCGCUGUGCUUUGAGGUGCCCGCGAGCAGCGGGCCAAUGAGAAGAGAUGGUACGAACUAUUCUUUCUUGCCAGUUCUUUAAUUCCUAUUGAAUUCAAAAGAGAAUGACCUAAAACGUUGCUUGAAAGUUGUAAAUACUAAAAUAGGAGCCCAUGGGAAUAGUUAGAUAUUUUUACAGUCCCCUAUUUUCCCUGUUAUUUUCGGGAAAGACAGAACGAAAGGGCGCCCUCUUGAUUUCAUCUGGUGAUCGAUGGUGACAGUGAGCUGGAGAAUGCAUAUUGCCCAAAGGGUCGGGGAAUGGAGACAUAUCUGGCCUACCAGCCCUACCCUCAAGGACAAAUUGCACUACCCUCAGCUUUCGCUUACUAUAUAAAAACCAAGUCCAGCGACCCUUCAGACUCGACAAUAAACUUCCACAAUCACGGGGACAAACACUAGGUUACGAAUAGUCUUGGAGACACUGAAAUGAGGGUCCUUACAGCCUGUUAACUUCCUUUGCUGGGCUUGACUGUAAUUUACACAUAUAUCUUAUUCAAUGUACCUUUUUUUCAGAAGAAUUUUUAAGUUAUGGAUAUGGACAUCCGUCCCACUGUGGUACUGACUGUAAGUUUUUGUCAGAUGGAUUUGGCUAUUGGGUGAAUGGUUCGUGGAUAGCGCAUGCUCCUGGUAAGGCCCUUUACCCUCUAUAACUGAGUUUUAUUUUUCACUCAGUAUUUUUGGAAGCAAGAGUACGUUUCAUUUGCUGUCUGUAAAUGUUGUUUUAUGCUCCAAGAUUUAGGGAAAAUGCACUUUAAGUUAUACAGCAUUUCUCACCACCUGCCAAUCCUAACUAAUAUAGCAAUCUUCAAGCCUUGCACCACCGUAAGCGUUGUUUUCCCGCGCAUACUGUAAUUAUAAGGGGUUCGGUGUUUCAUACUUCACCUAAAUGGACAAAUGCUUUGCUUUAUCACGUCGUUACAAUAUACAACCCUGAUUUCUUUACUUUUCGAUAAUUUAAAUCUUCUCAGGAGAUUUGAAGUUCAUCCCGCUGAUUGAGAAUUAGCGACACGGCUACGUUUGGUUUAAGAAUAUAGGAAAUAUUAGCCUAGUCCCCUGGCGUUCUUGGCGCGGUCAAUCCUGGACUCUACCCUGAGCUGUGACGUCACCGAGAGAGACUUGCUAAAAACGCUUUCUCUCGCCCGCUCUUUCCCAGACUGCGCGCAGACAGCUGAGCAAGAGAGAACGCCUAGGGACUAGGCCGAGGAAAUGUAAGGAAAUAGAAGAUAUAUGACUGAGUUUGCUGCUGAAUAGUUUGCGUCGGGUAACACCUCACAAAUCCAUCAGGCCUCUCUAAAAAGGAGAUUUUUAUAUUGUUUGUCCCACUUUCAAACUGAUACAUUAUUGUUUCUUUUAGAUAACUUGUUCGCGCCUUCCCCGCGCAGAAGAGAAGGAAUACUGUGGAUUUACGGUGAUUCACUUGCUCUCAGAUUCUACGACUCCAUUUAUUACACGCCUUUAUGCACAGAAAUAUUCAAAGCCUGUAAUAUUACCUACAACUGGGUCUACAACAUGAACGAACCGGUAGAAAUUGAGAAAUAUAAGAGAAACUAUCGUGACUUUGAUCCUUGGCGAGUGUUAAAUGAAAUCAGGGAUGUAAUAUAUCUUCCUCAAAUGGACGAAAAAAGUGUUAUCGUUCUAAACUGUGGAUUGCAUUACGUUUCUUCUUUAAAAUUUGCAAUUUAUCGGAAGCUGAUUGAUGAUAUUAUCGCUAUGUUUAAAGAAACCUCGGUGAAUAAAUACGGUAAAGUGCAGCUCAAGUUUCCGGGAAAAUUGAUUUGGAAAACUACAACAGCCAUUCACAGGGAGAGGUUCCUGUAUCAUGAUCACCCGAGUCCGCGAUUCCUAACUCUUCAGGUAACGUUUUCAGCAAUUAGGUAUAAAUCCCCUAAAGUAUGCUUCAUCAUCAUCCAUCCAUCCAUCCAUCCAUCCAUCCAUCCAUCCAUCCAUCCAUCCAUCCAUCCAUCCAUCCGUCCAUCCAUCCAUCCAUCCAUCCAUCCAUCCAUCCAUCCAUCCAUCCAUCCAUCCAUCCAUCUAUCCAUCUAUCUAUCCAUCCAUCCAUCCAUCCAUUCCUUCAUUUAGUCAGCCAGUCAGUCAGUGUCUAAUCGCCUUCUAACAAAGCAUAAAAACUAUAAACUGAUAUCCGGUGUUUUCGGCUCAAGUUUCUAGUUUCACCCGCCGAGAAAAAGGUCUUUUUUUGUACACCAAAAAUUUAACAAUACUGCAUGAUGUUUGGCUAACUAACCCAUAAAAAGAUGUAUCUACUCGCUACUAGACUAGUUCCAGGCUGCUUCAUUACAGACACGCUCUCUAAAUUAGGGUGAACCUUGCAAAUAGUUCAUAUGCACGCCAAUUUCAAUAGGGAGUUUUGCUUCCUUUUGCUUACUAUUUGCACACACUGUGGACCAACCAAUUUUGUCGGCCAUGACAACGGCAGACAAUUCACUACAAUCAAAAUAAGCUAAAAAUAACUGAGUCUAAAGAAAUCAAAUUCAUCCACAGACUUGAUCACGGUCUGGCUCAAUAGGUCCGGGGGAGUGGGGGGAGUGGGGGGGGGGGGUGGGGCAGCUGCCCCUCCUGCCUUCCGGCUAGUUAGCGCUCUAGAUUUUUAACUGAGUGAAUUAUUAUAAAGCGCUAUUCAUCAUCAUCAUUAUUAUUAUUGAUUGAGUGAAUAACUGACUGGCGGCUAGAUUAGGCAGUGAGUCAGUCUGUCAGUCAGCCGAAUAUCACCCAGUCAAUCAAGUCUGUGAAACAAUUAGUCAGUUCAUCAGGUAGUUAUUCAUUCAGUCACUCAGUAAUCCAAUCUUACAAAAAGUGAGUUUUCCCUUUAGUCAGUCAAUCACUUGACUAUCUACCAGACUUUCUGUUAGUCAUUUAGUUUGUCCGCCAGUCAGUUAGUUGGUAAUGAAGUCAGUCACUAGUUAGUCCGACAGUUGGCCAGUCAGCCCGUUACUCAGACAAUAAACAGACUGUCUGUCUGUUUGUCUGUUUAUCUGUCUGUAUAGUCCUUUUGUCGUUGUCUUAAAAAGGUUUCAGUUUUAAAAUACUUCAUUUUUCCUUUCAUUUAGCGCAUACAGUUGUACAACGCGUACGCCAUCUGGGCCAUGUGCAAAGCAGGAAUUGAGAUUCUCGAUGUUUUUCCGAUGAGUGCCUCGUAUCCCGAGGGAACAGAUGGCAGUUUAGACAAGUAUGAUGCGGUGCACUUCAAGAAAACAGUGUUUAAACCGGCAGAGCAGCUUCUCUAUGAAUACUUUAAUCCUCGCAGCAGCAAAACCACAAAUUGA